UAAGGAAUUAUAUUAAAUAUGAAUAAAAAAAACAAAGAAGGGAAUGAGUGACAACAAACCAUUCGAAAGCCACCACGUGUCAAAGAGCAAUUGGAGGACGUUCCACUAGGAAAACGAUACGACUCUGCUGCCGGAGGAAGCGGAGAGGGGAGGGUGGAGAAGCAGAAAAUAAAAUGGGUAAAGAAAACCAGAGGAUGGCGGAAGCGGCGGCGGAGGAGAUGGAGCUCAUCAGCCUUGCGAUUCGAAGGUUGAUGGAAGAGAACAACAACAGAACCGCCUCUCACCGGAGCUCCGGCGGCGACGAUCUGCAAUUCCUCUCCCGAUUACUCUCUCAGGUGGAAUCAACCAGAGAACAGGGGCGGCGCAAGCACUCCCAACAGGAUGAUAAAAUAAUUCAGAAAAACGUAACAGAGAAGGAGAUAGUGAAAGAGAUAAAAGAAGUGCAGAGGCAGAAUUUCAUAACUCACUGCCUUGUUUCCGCCAUGGUUGUCCUCAACGUUGCUUGGCAAGUUUCUGAGGUGUCCUUUAUUUUGAAGCUCAGAGAUGGGUUGAGUAACCCAUUCAAGAACCUGGCUAGAAUUCUGAAAAGAAACACAACUUCAGCAAUACAACAUAAGAUUGAAGCUACUGAAUUGCCUGCCUGCCUUACCUCAUGUGAACCUACCAGAUUUUCACUUGAAUGACCACAAAAUCCAGUAGUAGCAUCA